AUGUUCUGGUGGUCAGGGGAUGGAAGUGGUCCACAUGAGGGAAAUAUUGGUCAAAAUCAUGUUGACGGUAAAGGUGAUGUUAAUGAUGAUGUAUAUGAGGAUGAUAUUGGUAAAAAUACUGAUUUGUUGAAUGAGAAAGAUAAUGAAGAUGAUGAACAAGGAAAUGGAAGUGGAUUAAAUAAAGAAGAGGCCAUGAACUUAAAUUUUGUUGUUGAAAAUGUUACUAAGAGUGUGGAUCUAAUUGAUAACCAGGAAGAUGUAUCUUUUAGUCAAUUCAUUUGUGAUCCAGUUGUUGAAAGUUUUCUUAAAACUUUGGAUCAAGGUACUGAAAAUGUGGUUGAUGGUUGUAUAAAUCAGAAACGAGUUGAAGAUGAUGUGAAUGAGAAUUUGACAGGCUUUGAGAAAAAUGAAUUUGAUGACAGGACUAUAAAUUUGGGUGAGGAUGAUAAAGUUAUUGUAGCAAAAAAGGAUGGAGAAUGUGAAGAUGUUGAAGUUGAUUUGGAUUUAGGGAAACCAAGAGAAGAUUUUUCAAAUAAAAAUAAAGAUGGAGAAACGGUUGAAGAUGGUUUAGAAAUUAUACAAUUGAAGGAUUCAAAGGAGACUCAAUCACUGAAAAUGUACAAAGUGGAAGGGAAAGUUGAGAAGUUUUUUGUUCCAAGUUUUAGUAUUGGAUUUAGUCAAGAUUCUGAAGAUGAUGCUUAUUUUGAUGAUAAGUAUGGUGUAGUUUUUAAACCUCUUUAUCUAAAAGAGAUCAAUCAUGUUAAAGCAAAUGAAAUGGCUGAUAAAAAUCUUACACCGGUGAGAUUGAUAAUGCCAUGGAGGACAGUUUAUAACAAAGUGGAUUGUGGUAUUUUUGCUAGGAGACAUAUGGAGAGUUAUUUUCGAGAAAAAAGUUAUAAAUGGAAAUGUGGUCUUCCAAAAGAAGGUGGAUCUCAAGAAAAAAAUUAUGGAAAAGUUGAGAAUGAAAUAUACAACAACAAUUUUAACUUCUGA